AUGCAUACCAUAUCGCACCAUACUUGGAAUGAUACCCAGGAACACAUCAACAGAACAUUUGAUUUAGGGCCUCAUCGAACUUUUUUAGUCGGGAAUGAAUUUGCAAAUCGCACUCGCUACCUAAAUAACCGAGAUAAGCCAGGGGAAUCUGAUAAGGCAUGGAAUAUGAUCUCUCUUCACCCCCAAGUUUACAGUUGGUGGUCCAAAGGAUACAUUGCAUUCAAAUGCCUUGAAGUGCAAUCUCUAGGAAACGGGGAGUCCAAUGUGGUUUUGGAGUUCCGGUGGAUGCCUCAAACCAAAGGCUGGUUCGGUCAACAGAUUGAUAUCUUCAACACCGGCACAGGACAUGAUCUAAAAGAAUGGUUUAAUAAGAUCGGUCAGUUCCAUACAUCUGGAAAUCCGCCACCAAAGGCCCGCGAUGGGAUGAGAAUUUGGGCUACUACAAGUGAUGGAGCACCUCUCUGUUCAGGAAAGCUAAUCGUUAUACGAAUGCAAACUGGAGAGGCCUCUCGCUUCGAGGACAUGAUUGACAUGCAAUGGGGUUGUAUACUUAGUACAGCCUUGAGCGGUGCUGCCGGAACUUCACAGCUGCUUUCCGAUUGA